UCGCCGUAACCAAGCAGCACCGAAAAACUUAAGUACAGACAAAAAUUGAGCAAGUUCCAGAAAAACCUUGACACGAAUUAGACCAUCGCAGACAAGCAAAUCGAAGGCAGAAAAAGUCGUUAUCAAAUCCAAGUUGCCAAAAGCAGUUACCAAAACCCACCAAAAAUCAGCGAAAAAUGGAAGAGAUCUGGAAGAAAGUCUGCAGCCACUACGAUGUGCCCGAGCAGGUGGCCAAUGAGUGGUUCACUCGCAUCCAGGAGCAUCUGAGUGACGACAGUCCCUCGCGGGCCUACCACAACUGGAACCAGAUGAUGCAGCGCAAGGAGUCGCACCUGGCCGAGUGCACCAAUCCGAACAUUGUGCUGGCUGCAUUCUUUCAGUAUUACCACUUUGAUGGCAACCGCAGCUGUGUAGAGGAAAACUGCGAGGUAUUCCAGGAGUUCUGCAAGGAAGCCACCAUCGAAGAUGAUGAUACCAAGAGUCUGGUGUGCAACCUGUUGGGACGCAAAACUCCCGAGAACGAAGUGCACUGGUGCCACGACGAUGAAGCCAAUUUGUUGCAGGAUGUGGAUUUGGUGGUGCUGGCCUCCUCACCGGAGGAGUACAAGCACUAUACAACGCUUCUGCGUUCCGAAUACGCAAAUCUCGAUGAUGCGACAUACAAGGCCAUGCGCAUUAAGGUUCUGGAGACACUAUUGCUUAUACCAUCAAUAUAUGCAACUGGGGAGUACCACGACAAGUACGAGGAGCAGGCCCGUGCCAAUAUACGCAGCGAGAUACUCGAGUUGAAGAAGUAAGGCGUUUGCGCGACUUGCUCAGAUUUAGAUUCCAAAGGGCUCUUUAUUUGCUGCUUAGCUGUGUACUUAAUUGCUGUUUAUACCUCAUUCGAAAUGCAUGAAAUUACUACACAACCAAGACUGCUCGAAGGACAGAGGUUCCUUGACAGAUUGGGACGUCUUUUUUUAACAGUCCCAUGCAUGGACUCUAGAUAAAUUGUAACUUAAUUCUGAACUGAAUUCAAGUUUAAUCAAAAUUUGUCUACUAGUUCGAUUUUAUGCCAAUCUAUACGUAAGCCCUUUUAAUAUAAUUACUACCAUAUUCCCACAAUAAACAUGAUAAAUAUGUAUA